CAUUUCCGAAAGAGUGAGUGAUGGGCCAGCGGGCCAAUGGGAACGGGGGGGCGGAGGCGGGAUUUCCGGCGCGAGUUCUGGUAAGUUCGAGAAGGCGCAUGGUGAGCUGGUGAUGGAGCAGGCGAAGGUGAAUGAACUUAAAGGGAAGGGCAAUCAAGCCCUCAGUGCUGGGAAGAUAGAUGAUGCCAUCAUAUGUUACAGUGAAGCCAUUAAGCUAGACCCCAAGAACCAUGUACUUUACAGUAACAGGUCUGCUGCUUAUGCCAAAAAGGGGGAAUAUCAGAAAGCCUACGAGGAUGGCUGCAAAACUGUUGAAAUUAAACCGGACUGGGGCAAGGGUUACUCGAGGAAGGCUGCGGCUUUGGAAUUCCUUAACCGCUUUGAAGAAGCAAAGAAAACCUAUGAGGAGGGACUAAAGCAUGAACCUGGAAACCAACAGCUGAAGGAUGGAAUGCAGAAUGUGGAUGCCAGAUUAGCAGAAAAGAAGUUCAUGAACCCGUUCGCUUCCCCAGACCUGUACCAGAAGCUGGAGAGUGACCCCAGGACAAAGGCACUGCUGAGCGACCCUAGCUACAGAGAAAUGAUUGAACAGUUGAAAAACAAACCAGCUGACUUAGCCACGAGACUACAAGAUCCCAGAGUUAUGACAACUCUAAGUGUUUUGCUUGGAAUUGAUCUACAAGGAGCAGAGGAUGAAGAUGAUGAUACUCCAGCUCCACCCCCACCUCAGCCGAAGAAGGAAACUAAACCAGAGCCGAUGGAAGAGGACCUCCCUGAAAAUAAAAGAAAGGCAUUGAAAGAGAAAGAGUUGGGUAAUAAUGCCUACAAGAAAAAGGACUUUGAAACAGCAUUAAAACAUUAUGAACAGGCAGCAGAACUUGACCCUACGAGUAUGACCUAUUUAACUAACAAAGCAGCUGUGCACUUUGAGCAAAAUGAUUUUGACAAAUGCCGUGAAAUCUGUGAAAAAGCCAUUGAAGUAGGACGGGAAAACCGUGAAGAUUACAGGCAAAUUGCAAAGGCAUAUGCACGAAUUGGAAACUCCUACUUCAAGGAAGAAAAGUACAAAGAUGCUGUUCACUUCUACAACAAGUCUCUCGCAGAGCACAGGACUCCUGAGGUCUUAAAGAAAUGUCAACAGGCUGAAAAGAUCCUGAAGGAUGAGGAGCGGGCAGCUUACAUCAAUCCUGAGCUUGCCCUAGAGGAAAAGAAUAAAGGCAAUGAGUUCUUCCAGAAAGGUGAUUACCCACAGGCUAUGAAGCAUUACUCAGAAGCUAUUAAACGCAAUCCUACUGAUGCUAAACUCUACAGUAACCGAGCUGCCUGCUAUACCAAGCUCUUAGAAUUCCCAUUAGCUUUGAAGGAUUGUGAGGACUGUAUCCGCCUUGAUCCCACAUUCCUUAAGGGUUACACAAGAAAAGGAGCAGCCCUUGAGGCCUUGAAGGAUUUCUCCAAAGCCAUGGAUGUUUAUCAGAAAGCACUUGAGCUGGACUCUAAUUCCAAGGAAGCUUCUGAAGGUUACCAGCGCUGCCUUAUGAUGCAGUAUAAUCGAAACGAUACUCCAGAGGAAGUAAAGCGCCGUGCCAUGGGUGAUCCAGAGGUGCAGCAGAUCAUGAGUGACCCUGCUAUGAGGUUGAUCUUGGAGCAGAUGCAGAAAGAUCCACAGGCGCUAAGCGACCACUUAAAGAAUCCCGUCAUAGCCCAGAAGAUUCAAAAACUCAUUGAUGUCGGCCUCAUUGCAAUUCGGUGAUGACCAUCACAAGACUCAGCAGAGAUGAAACUAGGACAGUCCUUCAGGAAUGUACCCUCUGAAGAUUUAGGGAAGGGAGGGAGGGAAACAGGAGAAAAAAAUUAAAACAGCCAAAAUAAACAGUGUACAGCAUCUCAUCUUAGUUUUUAUUUGUAACACCUGAUUAUUUUGUGAUCUGAUAUAUAGCGCAAAACUAUAGCCUGUGCACUUUCUGUAAGUUUAAUUUUUUUCAUUUUUAAGAUGACAAUGUGAAAUGUGCAUCUCUGCUGCUGUAGUCACCUUACAGUAACUGUAGAGAUGUUGGGGUUUUCAGAUAUUUUGCAGUUUAUUGCAUGCAAAGAGUUGCAUUAAAGUGUUGUAUCCAACCAACUGUA